CUGGGUGCGUCACAUCAACCAGAGCUUCGCAAAACGCCCUUGCGGGUCAUUUUAAGAACGCGCGAGUUGUGAGGGUUACAUUCUGGUGCGUAGUCCGAUUCUCCCCCUUUUCCUUUUCCUUUUGCCAAAGACGCAUACCCCCCUCUCCACAGGUACCAAUGUCUCUGGUUGACCAGAGUCAGCAGUGGUACCCCACGAGCGUGAAGGUAACGGUGUUCCAGGCGAAAAACCUGAGGAUUAAGGGCAAACAUGGCACCAACGACGCGUAUGCCAUCAUGCAGGUGGCCAAGGAGAAGGUCUCCACCUCCGUGGCAGAGAAGUCCGUUUCACCCGUGUGGAAGGAGGAGGCCAGCUUCGACCUGCCGCUUUUCCACCACGGUAACGAAGAGCGCUGCACCCUGCGCGUUUCUGUAAUGCACCGGGCCCUAGUGGGCAUGGACAAGCAGCUGGGACAAGUUGCCGUCAACCUGCUGGAUCUCAACGAGAACCAAAACCGCAACAAGACCGAGUGGUUCAAGCUCCUGGACAAGCAUGGAAAAGCGGACAAGGAGAGAGGGGAGGUUCUCCUGGACAUCCAGUUCAUGAGAAACAACAUGACAGCCAGCAUGUUUGACCUGUCGGGCCAGGGCAAGUCACGUUCCCGCAUGGGGAAGCUGAAAGACAAGAUCCGCGGGAAAAAGGCCGGCCUCUCGGACUCCGCUUCGGCCAUCGUACCCUCCUCCUCCAGCAGCGCACAGGUGAUGACAGACAGCGAGGACGAGGCCGAGGGUGUCGAGGGAGACAAAAAGAAGAAAAAGAAGAACAAGUUAAAGUCACUGUUCGGCCCCAAGUCCAACCUGCAGCGCAACAUCUCCCAGUCCAUGGUCACUCUGGGGUCCCUCUCUGAGAAGAACUCUGCACUCAGCGGCAGCCGGUCCUCAGGACUCAACGUGGACUCCCCCGAAGGGAAGAAGAAAUUCAAGUUUCUGACUCACAAGCGGACAGGCAGCUCAGACAGCAAGUCAUCCCAUGACAGCCUCUCUGUCCUGGGCCGCUCCAAGCUAGGAGGGCCUGAGCAAAGCGGGGUGUGCAUCAAUGGCAGCCAUGUAUAUGUGGAGACGCCUUUAGAAAACUCCACCCUCAGUCUCAACAGCUCUGACCAGGGCUCGGUGGAAGACCUGCAAUGGGGACGGGGGAGGAGUGAGUUCCCCAGCCAUGAAGAAGAGGAGGAGAGCAGAGAGGAGCAGGAGACGAAGAGGCUGAAGGAAGAACAAGAAAGAAAGAGGGAGGAGCAGGAAAAGAGGGAGGAAGAAGAGAGGAGAAAGAGGGAGGAAGAAGAGGAGACGAGGAAGAGGGAGGAAGAAGAGGAGAUGAGGAAGAUGGAGGUAGAAGAGAUGAGGAAGAGGGAAGAGGAAGAGGAGAUGAAGAGGGAGAUGAAGAGGAGGGAGGUAGAAGAGAUGAGGAAGAGGGAGGAGGAAGAGGAGAUGAGGAGGGAGAUGAGGAAGAGGGAGGUAGAAGAGAUGAGGAAGAGGGAAGAAGAAGAGGAGAUGAGGAGGGAGAUGAAGAGGAGGGAGGAAGAAGAGAUGAGGAAGAGGGAGGAAGAACAGGAGAUGAGGAAGAGGGAGGUAGAAGAGAUGAGAAAGAGGGAAGAAGAAGAGGAGAUGAGGAAGAGGGAGGUAGAAGAGAUGAGGAAGAGGGAAGAGGAAGAGGAGAUGAGGAAGAGAGAAGAAGAAGAGGUGAUGAGGAGGGAGAUGAAGAGGAGGGAGGAAGAAGAGAUGAGGAAGAGGGAGGAAGAACAGGAGAUGGGGAAGAGGGAGGAGAUAGAGGAGAUGAGGAGGGAAGAAGAAGAGGUGAGGAAGAGGGAACAGGUGCUGGAGAAGAACAGGUUGGAGGAAGCUAGGAAAACAGAACAGUUGAGGAAUCAGGAGGAAAAGGAAGCUGAGUUUGAGCUGUUCACCGAAGCCUCCUCCAGACCAUUCACCGAAACCUCCUCCAACCCAUUCACCGAAACCUCCUCCAACCCGUUUCAGGAGAGCUCCCUUAAUGCGUCUGCAAGCCAAGUCAUCCGGUCAGCCAGAAUUUCUGCUGUCAGACCCAGCCACGAUGAAGAAGAGGAGAGCAGAGAGGAGCAGGAGAGGAGGAGGCUGAAGGAAGAACAAGAAAGAAAGAGGGAGGAUCAGGAGAGGAGGAAGAGGGAGGAAGAAGAGGAGAUGAGGAAGAGAGAGGAAGAAGAGGAGAUGAGGAAGAGGGAGGAAGAAGAGGAGAUGAGGAAGAGAGAGGAAGAAGAGGAGAUGAGGAAGAGGGAGGAGGAAGAAGAGAUGAGAAGGGAGAUGAAGAGGAGGGAGGUAGAAGAGAUGAGGAAGAGGGAGGAAGAAGAGGAGAUGAGGAAGAGGGAGGAAGAAGAGGAGAUGAGGAAGAGAGAGGAAGAAGAGGAGAUGAGGAAGAGGGAGGAGGAAGAAGAGAUGAGAAGGGAGAUGAAGAGGAGAGAGGUAGAAGAGAUGAGGAAGAGGGAGGAAGAAGUGGAGAUGAGGAAGAGAGAGGAAGAAGAAGAGAUGAGGAAGAGGGAGGAAGAAGAGGAGAUGAGGAAGAGAGAGGAAGAAGAGGAGAUGAAGAGAAGGGAGGAAGAAGAGGAGAUGAGGAAGAGGGAGGAGGAAGAAGAGAUGAGAAGGGAGAUGAAGAGGAGGGAGGUAGAAGAGAUGAGGAAGAGGGAGGAAGAAGAGGAGAUGAGGAAGAGGGAGGAAGAAGAGGAGAUGAGGGAGAUAAAGAGGAGGGAUGAAGAAGAGGAGAGGAGGAAGAGGGAAGAGGAAGAGGAGAUGAGGAAGAGGGAGGAGGAAGAGGAGAUGAGGGAGAUGAAGAGGAGGGAGGAAGAAGAGGAGAUGAGGAAGAGGGAGGAACAAGAGGAAAUGAAGAAGAGGGAGGAGGAAGAGGAGAUGAGAAAGAGGGAGGAAGAAGAGGAGAUGAGGAAGAGGGAGGUAGAAGAGAUGAGGAAGAGGGAGGAAGAAGAAGAGAUGAGGAGGGAGAUAAAGAGGAGGGAUGAAGAAGAGAUGAGGAAGAGGGAGGAAGAAGAGGAAAUGAGGAAGAGGGAGGAGGAAGAGGAGAUGAGAAAGAGGGAGGAAGAAGAGGAGAUGAGGAAGAGGGAGGUAGAAGAGAUGAGGAAGAGGGAAGAAGAAGAGGAGAUGAGGAAGAGGGAGGAGGAAGAGGAGAUGAGGAGGGAAGAAGAAGAGGUGAGGAAGAGGGAACAGGUGCUGGAGAAGAACAGGUUGGAGGAAGCUAGGAAAACAGAACAGUUGAGGAAUCAGGAGGAAAAGGAAGCUGAGUUUGAGCUGUUCACCAAAGCCUCCUCCAGACCAUUCACUGAAGCCUCCUCCAACCCAUUCACCGAAACCUCCUCCAACCCAUUUGAGGAGAGCUCCCUUAAUGCGCCUGCAAGCCAAGUCAUCCGGUCAGCCAGAAUUUCUGCUGUCAGACCCAGUGAAGGCCCGUCCCAGUCGGCCAUCGCCCCCGAGGACCCACGUGUCCCGCAGGACCAGCCCAAUGCCCACUGCAGCUCUGAGGAGUCCUCAGCAGGGGGUGCUCUGAGGCCCCUCGCCAGGACCUCCAACGCAGAGAAGAAGCGUCGUGCUCCCCUGCCUCCACCCACUCCUGACCUGCUCUCCCAGAGCCAGCCAUGUUCUCCACAGGACGUCCUGCUCUCAUCGGCCAGGGUCCAAAAAAAGGGUGCUGCACCACCGAAGCCUCAGCCCGCUCUUCCGAUCGUUGACCCCGGUGCUGGAGAAAGGCAGAAGAGCUCAAAGGGGCAGGGUGAGCCAUCAUACUCAGCUCGUGAUGGGCAGCGACAGCUUGACGACAGGCCCGGCGAUACCUCGCCGACCAAUCGUGGGCAAGGAGGAGUGUACAGACUGGGGAGGGCGGUUGUACCUGAAGAGAACGAAAUGAUGAUGACCCAUGAGACUGAUUCCAGUACACCAGCGCCAAAGACAGCCUUUGACGAUGAUGAAGAUGGUGAUGACGCUCUGAAGGUGAAGAAGAGCACGGCUCUCGCUCACAGUGACCCGUUGUUCUCCUCUGGGGCUCACACUGGGAGUCAGGGCAGCAGAGCUGGGGAGAAGCAGGCAGAGCCCUCCGUAUGUGCAGUCCUGCCCCCUGACCCUCCGGCCAGCACCACUCCUGCCCUCAGCCGACGGGACGACCCAUUCGAGGAAGGGCAGAGUGCUGUAGAGAAGGAAAUGACGACAGGAUGUCCAAACACGUCCCCUGCGAGCCCGGCCAGGGUUGAAAGCGGGACUGGGACGGGUGGGAAGGAGGGGCCAAAAAGGAAGAACCGGGCGCCCCUGCCACCUGGAGCACCGUGCGGAGACGGCGCGUCUCAGGACCAGGGCGGUGUGGUGACCCUGCCCCCUGUGCUGUGCACCCCAGUCCCUGCUGAGCCCCAAAGCUCACAGGUUCCUGGGAGAAGGCGCGCCCCGCAGCCUGGGAGCGAAGCGGUUUCUGGGGGGCGGACCCUGCUGCGGGCCUGGGUGUCGCCCUCAGACCGCCAGCCAAUCACAGUGCAGAGUAGCACUGAAGGAGAUGGAGCCACAGGAAAAGUGGGUGGGCCACCCACGGCUCCAUGCAGGCCUCACGCAGUGAAGCCAUUGAGUUCCUUGGAGAGCCAGUAUCUUGGGGCAGACCUGGGGCAGACCUGGAGCAGCCCUGGGGCAGACCUGGGAGGCACAGAGGGAAUGACAAAGGUGAUGGAGUCCAUGGAGGGUGAAGACGGCCCCUAUUCCCAGCUCACCCGUUCAGAGCUCUCAUCCCUGGUGUUGAAGCAGCAGGAGCAGCUCUCUGAGAAGGACAGCAAGAUCACUGAGCUGGAGGAGUAUAUUGACAACCUGCUGGUGCGCAUCAUCGAGGAACAGCCUAACCUCUUGCAGUCAAUAAACACGAUCAAAAAGUCUGUCUAGAUAAGCAUUCUGCCACUGAGAAACAAGAAGCACUGGUAAAAUUAAGGGAAGGUUGGAUUUCAGUGGGUACAGGCAUCAGAGGUGUUGCUGUGCUGGUGUGGGUAGUAUAGUGGUAACUUGAUCAACAAUCACACUAGUUAAAGGCUGGGCCAUAUAUAAAAUAUAUAAAUAUAAAAUGGUUGCUCUCCUUGCGUGCUUCCUUCCUGCUGGUACAGGGUUAGGUUUGAAGUUAAACUAUUUUUAUAUUCGAAAACUCAUUGUGGAAAUAAAGGUGUUGUAAUGAUUGAUAACUGAAUAAUUACCAAAGCCCUUUGGAUCAUGCUGAAAUGGUCAUAGCAGUUGUGUGUGCCGGUUAGGUUACUGGAUCACAGAAUGUUAAAAAUUGUGGGAAGUAAAAUUAUGACCAACCUGGAUAGCAGUCUGAAACAUAUGACCAUGAAUGAGGAAUGAGAACCUGAGGUUUUGGGUCACACAUAGAAUUUAUUUUUCCAAUGAUUCCAAUGAUUUAACCAAUCACCAGCUUACACUGCAAAGAAAUUGACACACUAUUACUCAAUGUCGUAUCGUUUUUAGUUCAUUUUUUGUAUCUACUGUGUACUGUGAGAAAGUCUUGGCACCCUUAAUUGUUUUGGUCGUAGAUGAAAAAAAAAAGGUUUGUUUUCUGUAUUAGUGUGUCAGUACAAAAGAGCAAGUUUACAAGCAUUCUUUUUCCAAAGCAAUGAAUAUUAAUUUACAUUAAAUAAAGUAUUAAGUAAUAGACUCUUUUCAGAUAAUAACUUGAUUGAGGCUGUCUGGGAUUAACUGGAUAGCCAGGAGCAAGCAAGACAGCUAAGGUCUGCAGAAGAACUGUGGCAAGUUCCCAAAUAUGCUUGGAACAACCUACCAGCUGAUUUUCUUAUAAAACUGCAGGACAGUGUACCUAAGAGAAUUGAUGCAGUUUUAAAGGCGAAGGGUGGUCACAACAAAUAUUAAUUUGAUGUUGUUUUUAACUGUUCACUGCUCUUUAUAGUAAUUUCUUAUAGAUUUACAACUUCAUUAUUUUUUAAAGGAUCUUUCCUUUACAGAAUAUUUCAUGUGCCUAAGACUUUCACAGUACAGUAUAUGGCACUGCUUAAAGGUAUUUUCUGAAAUGUGAUGUCAUUUUUUGUUCGAUGAAUUUGUUAUUUUGUUGAUACGCAACAUUAAAUGAUUUUUUGGUGUGUCAAGCAGGGCAUGCUGCUGUAUUUGGUUGGAUGAGCUGUUACAUUCCUGUACUUCUACAUGAUGCCUGACAAAUGCAUCAAUCACUCAAUCACUCAUUAAUACAAAACCUGCCAUACUCUGAUAGAUAAGCAGUGUUAUGAAUAUACGUAUUGAUAUUUUCUGGGAAUAAAUAUCAUAAUGGUUUCUGAUAUGAGUUGUAUGACUUGCCUGCCUUACAGUUUCACAUAUAAUGUCCACCUUUUGCACAGUGAAGACCAUUUUAAUCUUUUAUCAUUUUUCAUGUUGCUCAAAAAUAGAAAAAUAAGCAAAACAUUUGGCUUAUUCCAGUUGUAAAAUGUAGUGCUGUAAAAAAAUAUUUGUCCCCUUCCUGAUUUCCUACAAAUAUUUUGUCUUUUUUACUCAGACUCUAAGAAAAAAAUAUAUAUUAGAAAAGCCUGAGUAAACAUUUUAUAAAUUACUGUUUAAUUUCUUUAAUGAAAAAUGUUAUUAAACACCCAAAUCACCCCA